UGUGACGCCAUCAGUGAAGGGCUUCCGCCUUCCGUCCCCCUCGUGUUCCUGUGGACUGCGCCGAUUCUUGUUUAUGAUCACAGUGUGCCAGUAAUAUGGGCAAAGUCAAGAAGAAGCGUGGGAAUACAUUUAAUUACAACGUGAAUAGGAAAAAACUCAAGCGGAAAGCGAGAAAGAAGCAUGCUCCCAGAAUUCCCUGUGAACAAAUUAGAAAUGCCUGGAAUGAUGGAAAGUCUGUUGCCAAAAACUUGGCAGAAAUGGGCCUGGCAGCUGAUCCCAAUAAGGUCCUUCCUGUGCGUCCCGGCAAGGUGAACGAUGAAGCAGAACAGGCUAAAGUAAUAAAGAAACCAUAUGUUCUAGAAGGGCUCCAAGCCUUAGCCAGCCUGCCUUCCAAACAGACUAUGGGCGUUUCUUCUGACAUGAUUCUUUAUGUCCGGCACAUGGUUGAUAAUUAUGGCGAAGACUACAAGGCAAUGGCCCGGGAUGAGAAGAAUUAUUAUCAAGAUACACCAAAACAGAUCCAGCGCAAAGUCAACUUGUACAAGCGACAUCACCCACAAGAAUACCAGGCUCUAAUUGAGUCCCGUAUAAUGCAAUAGAACAUUCCAUUGUGAGGAGGACAGUCCAUCUGACAGAGCCAAUUGGAGGAGGAUCUCAGACCAGAUCUCAUGACACCUCAGUACAUACCAGCAUUCAGUCCUGGUAUUUAUGUACUGCUUACACCUGGAUCAUAUGCCAUCCAGCUGGGAAUAUUUGUAUGCAGGGGCAUACUGUUAUGAUUAUAUGUUAAGACAUUCAAAAGUUAGCACCAACUCAUUUUAUUAUAUAUCAUUUUAACACA